AUGGCCAUUUUCGGAAUUCACUUCUACUACCGACACUUGGCACUUUGUGGGUAAGUUUCUAGUACCUAUCGCCCGAAAUCUACAGUAAUCCACGUUGCAGCUCCAAAAACUCGCUCGAAACGUUCAAAGGUUCGAAACUGAUACUCUGGCUCCUGAUCCCGCCCACUUUUGCUCUAAUCUGGGCCCUCACCGCCGGAAUCACGUUCGCCCCAACCGCCGAAACGGAUGCGGAAAUCGCAAACAGUAUUAUCGAUUCCUAUGACUUGCGACUCGCCGAUAUUGUGUACAUUGCCGCGUUCAUUUGGCCGACCGACCCGGCAGCAAGCGGCAUGAAAUAUCUGAAUUUGAGGCCCGCACUCGGAAUCGUCAUCGAGGAAAUGAUUGUGGUGAGCACUUUUGAAAUUCAUAAAAGACUUCCAAGGAAUUUUUUUUCCCUGAAAAAUUGCUAUCUUCAAAGACCUAUAUCUCGAGAACCGAUAGUUUUAUCAAAAAGUGGUAAACUGAAAAGUUGUCGCAAAUUUUGUGCUGAAUAACUUUGUAAUUGAACACUUUACUCGAAAACGUUUUAUUAUCGAGCUAUAAUCGUUUGCAUUCCAGAUCUCCUCGCUCUCGGCCAUAUUCUAUUUCGGUCGAAGCUGCUACAAAAAAAUUCGGCGACACGUGAGAAUGGCGGGCACCGUUAGCAAAGUCACCAAAUCCCUGCAUCGACAACUGUUCUACGCCCUUGUCAUGCAGGUACCCCCCACUCAAAUUCAUAAAAUGAUGAAACUUACUCGCAGACGGCGAUCCCGAUAGUGCUGCUGCACGCGCCCGUCUCCGGCCUCUUCGUCUUUCCCGUCCUCGACACGGAUCUCGGCUUCUUCACCGGCUUCGUCACGAUCACAAUCGCCGUCUACCCGGCCAUAGACCCUCUGCCCACCAUGUUCAUCAUCGAGAACUAUCGCCACACGAUUUUCAGUCGGUUCACGUACACACACGUGUGGAGGAUGCACCUUGUUUUUCAGACUUUUUCGCCUUUCUCUGCCGCCCUAAAUUGACGAGAACGCAGCGAAACAGUGGCGCCCAGCAGCCAUCCGUCUCAACUACCAUCAAUUCAUAA